AUGAACACACUAGAAAGUUUUCGUCUGAUUGCGCGUCCGCCUGAGGUGAUCAGCAAUUGGACCGAUUGUUUGGAUAUCGCCGCUAGAAUCGCGAGACAACCCUCCGACAGCCGCGGGGUGACUGUUACUAACACUCAGACCUACGUUUUCACCCCGAUGACGUCACCCUACACCAAUAGAGGGAGGUUUUCCACGCAGGCGCGCCGCACCAGCCACCGAGGCGCCUCGAAAUCUCGGUACGACUAG